UUCUUCCAGGAGAACUCCUCAACACUCAUCAUGAGCUGUGCUCCUAAUGCUUCACAUUCUCCAGUCUUCUUGCUCCUUGGGUUCUUAAGAUCGAGCAUCCCUCACAGUCUCCUCUUUCUCCUCUUCCUGGCUAUUUACCUGACCACCAUAUUGGGGAAUGUGACUCUGGUACUGCUCAUCUCCCGGGACUCCCGGCUCCACUCACCUAUGUAUUAUCUACUCCGUGGCCUCUCCAUAAUAGACUUGGGGCUUUCCACAGUCACCCUGCCCCAGUUGUUGGUCCAUCUGGCCUCUGAUUACCCAGCCAUUCCUGCUGCCCGCUGCUUGGCUCAGUUCUUUUUCUUCUAUGCAUUUGGAGUCACAGAUACACUUGUCAUUGCUGUCAUGGCUCUAGACCGCUACGUGGCCAUCUGCGACCCUCUGCACUAUGCUUUGGUGAUGAAUCGCCAGCGCUGUGCCUGGCUACUGGCCUUGAGCUGGGCAGUGUCCAUAGUGCAUACUAUGCUACAUGUGGGUCUCCUUCUGCCCCUGUAUUGGACUGCGGAUGCCGGGGGGCAUGUUCACAUUCCCCAUUUCUUUUGUGACCACCGACCACUUCUGAGAGCCUCUUGCUCAGACAUACAUUCCAAUGAGCUGGCCAUAUUCUUGGAGGGCGGCUUCCUAAUGCUGGGCCCCUGUGCCCUGAUUGUACUCUCCUAUGUCCGAAUUGGGGCCACCAUCUUACGUUUGCCUUCAGCAGCUGGUCGCCGCCGAGCAGUGUCUACUUGUGGAUCCCACCUCACCAUGGUUGGCUUCCUCUAUGGCACCAUCAUUUGGGUCUACUUCCAGCCUCCCUCCCAGAACUCUCGGGACCAGGAUAUGGUGGCUGCAGUAAUGUACACUACCAUUACACCUUUGGCCAACCCGUUUGUUUAUAGCCUUCGCAAUAAGGAUGUCAAGGGUGCACUCUGCAGGUUGCACAGACAGGGGAGAGUGGAAUCCUGACCAGCUUGCUGUGGGCUGUAGUGGGAAGGUGAGGAAAGGUAUGGGCAGAAUUUUAUCAUGAUUGGUUUGGGGAGAUCAGAAGGAGGAUUGGCCAAGAUGACUUGACCAGAUUUGGCCCUUGUUUGUGCUGUGCUCUGAUGGAGCUGCAAAUGUGUCACAUUGAUACACACAUGUGAUCAGGAUGUUUAUCUGCAUGCCUUUAUCUGCAUGCCUCUGGGAUCCUCCAUCAGGCCAUUCACCUUCAGUUAUCAAAGUGGAUAUAAAUAAGCCAGUAGGUCUUGUUAGCUUUAAUUCUAGAGUUCUGAAGUAAUAUGAGGAUAGGAUUGUGGAAUUAUCAACUAAAACAAGGACAGAGAAGUUGGUUAGAGUGACAGUUUACUGUGGUGGGCUUUCUUGUGGGAUCAGCUUGGUGCAUAUCAGAGAGCAAGUGAAAGACAGCAAUUUAGACACACAGGGCUGGCAAGUUCAUGACUUAUUCCAUUCAAAACAAGUAGAUCCAGCAGUAAGCAUGAAAUGAUAGUCAAGAUCUUCGAUUCCAUAUG